AAAACACAAGCUUUCUUUGAUAUGUUAAAGAUAGAGUACCACACUAAUUUGUUUAAGAAACAUUAAAUUAGUUAAGAUGAGUAUCAAUGGUAGAGACCAUACACUAAAGGGAAUUGUGGUUUUGAUGCACAAGAAUGUGUUGAACAUCGAUGUUGUUGAUGAUAUUGCUGACAAUGAAGGUGAUACCGUUCCUCCUUCCUUCUUGGAUAAUUCUAUUGCUCUCAAGUUGAUUAGUGCUUCUAAAACUGAUGGGACUGGAAAAGGAAAAGUGGGAGAGAAAACAUAUUUGGGAGGUCUUGUCACCUCCAUACCAACUUUGGAAGACAAACAAUCUGCUUUCAGUAUUAAUUUUGAAUGGCAUAGUCUUGACAUGGGAAUUCCAGGAGCGUUUUAUAUCGAGAAUUUCAUGCAAGAUGAAUUCUUCCUUGUGAGCUUGUCCCUUGAAGAUGUUCCCAACCAUGGAACAAUCAACUUUGUUUGCAAUUCAUGGAUUUACAAUACUGAAAAAUACAUAACAGACCGCAUCUUCUUUACCAACAAGACAUACCUUCCAAGUGAAAUGCCAGCUCCAUUACUGUACUACAGAUAUGAAGAAUUGAAGACUUUAAGAGGAGAUGGAACCGGAGAACGCCAAGUAUGGGAAAGAAUAUAUGAUUAUGAUGUCUACAAUGAUUUGGGUGAGCCAGAUAAAAAUGCUGCCUUGGCUCGUCCGGUUCUUGGAGGAUCAAGCACAUUGCCUUACCCUCGAAGGUGCAGAACAGGCAGACAACCAACUCAGACAGAUCCAAACACUGAGAGUAGGAGUGGCUAUGUUUACAUUCCAAGAGACGAAUUACUUGGUCAUGUUAAAUCUUCGGACUUUCUUACGAAUAGACUCAACUUAGCAUCUCAAUAUGCAACACCUCAAUUAAGAUCUCUAGUUACAUCAAAACGCAAUCAUGAGUUUGAUACCUUUGAAGAUGUGCUCUCGCUUUUCCCGGACAAGUUUCCACUGCCAUUAUUGCUUCAAGUGGAUAAUUCUGCAUGGAUGGAUGAUGAGGAAUUUGCAAGAGAGAUGAUUGCUGGUGUAAAUCCAAACGUCAUAACAAAACUUCAGGAGUUUCCACCACAGAGCAAAUUAGAUAGCCAACUCUAUGGUGAUAAUACAAGCACAAUAACCAAAGAAAACUUGGAGCCAAACAUGGAUGGAGUGACAGUAGAACAGGCUAUCCAAGAAAAUAGACUCUACAUACUUGAUCAUCAUGAUGCAUUCUAUCCAUCUUUGAGGAAAGUAAAUGCAACUGAUGCAAAGGCCUAUGCUACAAGGACCAUUCUAUUUUUGCAAACUGAUGGAACUUUGAAGCCAUUGGCCAUUGAACUAAGUACACCAAAUCCUAAUGGUGAUAGUUUUGGUCCUAUUAGUAAGGUUUACACCCCUGAAAGUGAAGGUGUUGAAGCUUCAAUUUGGCUCCUUGCUAAGGCUUAUGUUAUUGUAAAUGACGCCAAUUAUCAUGAACUUAUCAGCCAUUGGUUGCACACUCAUGCUACUGUCGAGCCAUUCAUCAUAGCAACUAAUAGGAAUCUUAGUGUGGUUCAUCCUAUUUAUAAACUAUUACUUCCACAUUAUCGUAACACAAUGAACAUAAAUGCCAAUGCAAGAAAUGUCUUGAUCAACGCAGACGGUAUUAUAGAAAGAGCAUACUUAUUGGAAAGUAUUACAUUGCAAUUGUCUGCUGAUGUUUACAAGGAUUGGGUUUUCACCGAACAAGGACUACCUAAUGAUCUAAUCAAAAGAGGAGUGGCUGUUGAGGAUCCAGCUUCACAACACGGCAUUCGUCUUUUGAUAGAGGAUUAUCCUUAUGCUUCUGAUGGACUAGAGAUAUGGGCUGCUAUUAAGUCUUGGGUUGAAGAAUAUGUGAUUUUCUAUUACAAGUCAGAUGCAGAUAUUGUACAAGAUUCUGAACUCCAAGCAUUCUGGAAAGAACUUGUAGAAGUAGGCCAUGGUGACAUGAAGAAUGCUACAUGGUGGUUUAAGAUGCAAACUCGUGCAGAGUUGAUUGAAGCUAGCACCAUCCUCAUAUGGAUUGCUUCAGUACUUCAUGCAUCUGUUAACUUUGGACAAUAUCCUUACGGAGGAUACAUCCUUAACCGGCCAACUAAAAGCAUGAGAUUCAUGCCGGAGAAAGGAUCCCCUGAGUAUGAUGACCUUGCUAACGACUAUCAACAGACAUAUUUGAGGACAAUCACACCAAAGAAAGAAUCUAUUUUGAACAUGACCGUUUUGGAGGUAUUGUCAACACAUGUUUCUGAUGAGCAAUACCUCGGACAAAGAAUCGAAGGUGGUCUUUGGACUACUGAUUCAGUACCGAUUGAAGCCUACAAUAAGUUUGGAAGGAAGUUGGCUGAAAUUGAGCAAAAUCUCAUUGAAAAGAACAAUGAUAAGUCAUUGAGAAAUAGGUAUGGGCCUGUUAAUAUGCCAUACACUCUGCUUUAUCCUUCUAGUGAAGAAGGAUUGACUUUCAGAGGAAUUCCCAAUAGUAUCUCAAUCUAAAAAGUGUCAUCAUGGUUGCUUUGAAUAACAUAUGAGAAGGAAUUCAAUUCUCUCACCCCUUAUGUAUGGUCAUGUUUUUAUGUAUGUUAUGUUUGUUUAAUUGCUAUAAUGUCUUUCAUCAAUAAUAAAAGCUUUUAUGUUUGUACCUUAUA